AUGCUUUUAUCUUUAUGUAAAAUCAAAGAUUUUUCGUCUUUUUCUUUUAAAGGAGUUCGAUGUUUAUCCUCCAAAAAAAUUUCGAAUUAUUACACACCUCAAAGACCAAGUGUCAAAGAUAUGGAUGAUGAAUAUAAAAAAUUCUUGGAAAUCAAAAGAAAAGAGAACAACAAUAUUCCUGAAUUUAAAAUAACAAAUAUUGAUAUAAAUACUUUCAAAAAAUAUAAACACAAGAAUAAUCCUAUAUUUUCAACUGAGUUUAAAGUUUUUAUAACAGGUUUUUUACUUUGCAGUUGGUGCGUUUUUGCUAUUUAUUUAACCGUCAGGAUAAUGUCUCCUGAUGAUUUUGAUUGGGUCGAACAAGAGAGAAAAAGGUUAGAGAAUGCUAAAAAAAAAAUUAUGAGCAUAAAGGAAAAAGAAAAAGAAAUGGAUCAAGUGAGUAAUACCGGUUAA